AUGGCGGCCGCAGAAUUUUCCGAGGGCGGCAUGGCCGACCUUAUCCGUGCGUUGGAGCUCAUUCACAGCCCAUCAUCUACGAAUGAGCUGCGCAGAGAGGCGUUGACUUAUGUUGAAGCGCAGAAGCAGAGCAAAGCAGCCGCUCACAAUGGAUUUCUGCUAGCUUCUCGGACAGAGCAUGCUCCCCUGGUCCGCUAUUUUGGCCUGACGCUUCUGGAUCAUGUCUUGCGUCAUACAUCUAUUACUUCGAACCAGUUGGUCGAGCUUAGAGAGUUGGUUAUCCCAUUGGCACAGUCAAUACGACAGGAGGAUCCCCCGUACAUCCGCAAUAAGAUCCCGCAGUUAUGGGCUGAAGUCGCAAAGCGGAGCUGGGGCCUGGAUUGGCUCGACAUGGACCAGACGCUCGUGCAGUUCUGGAGCGCCAGCUUGGUUCACAAGGAGUUUGUCCUGUCCGUUUUAGAGACUUUGUCGGAAGACAUCUUUUACCGCGAAGACACAGUUUCGUCGCUACGGGGAACUGACCUCAACCGGGCGCUCAUCGAGAUCUAUACGCCUCUGUCCGUGUUCGAGGAGGUUUAUCCGAAGCGGGAUAAGCAACUCGAAAUCCGGUGCGGCACGGAAGGUUGGAUGACGAGGACGUGUGAAUUCUUAGGAGAAUGUAUCGAGAAUGUGCAGACGUCUAAGCAGGCAAAGGACGCUGCAAUAAAAGCCCUCGCGACUCUCAAGGCAUGUCUCGCUUGGACUAUUCCAAAGGCUAUCAUUUCCACAAACUGCGUUCCACACAUUGUUCGGGCCUUUACUUGCCAUGAUGAGCAAGUAUUAUUGGCUGGCGUGGAAGCGCUGCACUCGUUGUAUAGCAGAGCCAACUUUGAUAUUGAUGAUUUCCAACCCCUGGUGCAUCUGAUGUACGAAACGGAGUACUUGGAUCUCCUACAGAAACUUUACGAGUGGUCCAUCGUUGGACCUGACGAUAUAGAUGACACCAGAUACACAAUCUCAAAGAAGCUAUCAGAGAUGCUGUCCUACGUCGCUGGCUUCCUCGAGGAAAAGGGCUUCUCGCUAGAAACGGCACAUGGCCUGAACCUUCCGCACUUCUUCCAUCUCAUGAUCAACGUCAUCCAACAUCAAAGCCUGACCAUCUCGAUACCCGUGCUUCACAUAUGGUCAAAAUUGUUGGCAUCUGAGAGAAUCGGAAAUACCGAGUUUGUCACUAGUCUCGUUCCCCAAUUGUUAGGUAUCUGCACCCAGCGACUAGUUCGUUGGGAAUCUCUACCGGAAGAUUCUGGAAGCCCCACGGUCACUUUUCUUUACGAAGACAUUGAUACCGUCCCUGAGAGACAUGCGUUCGUUGGAAAUUAUCGACGGUAUUGCUCGAACAUCAUAGAAACUAUUGUUCAAAAGAGACCACAAGAAGCCAUUCCGCACAUACUAUCCGGGGUUGAAGUGAACUUAAACAGUCUUUAUGAUGGCGUUGCUCCAUUUAAUGUGACAACAUUCUCCAAGUCUUCGAUACCUCUCAUGCGCGCUGAUACACAGUUCGCUGUCGUAGAUGCGACACUGAAGGGAUACAACAAAUGGGUAUCUGCUCACGGGAAGACACCUCAGCAGGAUGAGCAGAAGCGGAGUGAGUUAGAGACUGCGCUAGAGGCAUGGGCGAUGAGUCUACUGCAGCGCAACUUCGAGGACCCCAUCUUGAACGAACGAAUCAUUAAGCUUGCUGUCGAUAUCUCGUGUCGGGCCUUGGAUAAGACCCCCAGCUUUGCGCUGAAAGUCCUCGAACAUAUCCUCAUGACACGUCUUCCUGACCAACCGGAAUAUCCGGCCUAUUCAGAGGCUGUCAAGGAGCUUCACGGUUUGUCAAGUCACGAAUUACGUCGUCUGGCAGUACGCUACGCUGAUUAUUUCUCGACUUUCUAUGAUGUGCUCGAGCCGAAAAUCAAAGAGAUCACCAUGUCAAACCAAAUGGACGACAAGUUGCAAAUGGAGCUCACAUCGGUCCUUGUGAUUAUAACACUACGAGCAAGUAACAUGGAUCAGUAUGUGCGCGAGUCUCGUCUUGUCUCUUUCGUACAGCCAGUACGACAGGCUUGGCAGGAUGAAGAACUACAGCGCUUGAGUUCAUCUUUCGAAGGAUUCUGCGCUUUGCUCGGAUUGCAAGACGUGGGACCCUACAUGCAGGCAAGGCAAGCGCACAAGCUAGAGGACUGGACAGAGGUUUCCGUGGAUAGUGAUGGAAAACAAAUCCAAGAGGGAAUGACCCGGAAAUUCCAGCAUUUGCCGCUGCGAGGAACCAAAAUCAUGCUAGCAAUCUCUACAGAGCGGGUGAAGAGGGGGGAACCCGCGUACGACCUUGCAUGUAAAACUUGGCAUGAUACUAUUCCAGUCGUCCUACCGUCCCUGUUACAGCUCGUGAGCAAUGCUCAUGCCUUCCAUAACCCGAAGAAUUGGGGAGGUCUUCCUGAUGAAAUGAAAGCAGUCGUUGAGCACAUCUUAACCGAUAGGUUCUGGCAGGCAGGAAUUUCGACUGGUAGCAGGGACGACUUCUACGCAAAGAUUACUGCAUCCCGAGGAACUUUGGAGGGAUUUGCAUCUUCUGUCCGGGGCAAGAUCCGAGCAGUCCGUGAGGCUUGUUAUUCGAUCUUGUUCAGCAUGAGUAGGAUGCGAGAGCAUUUCUAUGGGUUUGCCGAACUUCCCGGGCCCUUGUCGGAAGCCCUGUUCAACGAUUCGGUACAUCUGUCGUCGCAUCAAUUCUCUGUCUUGCUUAAUGUCUCCCGUUGCUUGAUCGACGAUUGUCCUGUCCGGUUCCGAAGCCAGUUCCUCCCGCCGAUGCUCUCGAGUCUGUUUACCCAUAUCGAUCGCAAGGUCACCACGGAGUGGGAGAUUAUUGAGCAGCAGAAAGCGGGAAUGGCGGAAAGCGAUUUGACCGACGAGAUGAAAUCCGAAAGUAUUCUCCGGCAACUGACUUACUCGGCAGUCAUCAUGGUUGCAAGCCUCUUAGAUCCGCAACGAGGUGACCCUGAUCAAACAGAAUCGACAGAUCCAAGUGGACCCACGCCGCCGCCAUCGAUUACUGAGUCCAUUCGACACUUUGUUCUCUCUUCGCCAGAGAUAUUUGAACCGGUCAUGUUGUUUUGUACCCAUGCCCUUCGCAUGCGUGAUACCCGGUGCUGCAGCAUCAUUACCCGUGUUAUUAGAUCCCUUCUGCAGGACUUUGCACCUCCAAACGACACCCCUACUACUGCCACGAUCCGUGAAUUCAUCUCCUCAGAGGUCCUUAAGGCGUGCAUCACAUCCGUACACGAACCCUAUUUCGUCGACAUGCAGAAGGACCUUGCAUCGCUUAUCGCGUCUAUCUGGGUUCUCUACGGCUCCAGCAGCCCAACCCCGCGCACAGUCAUAUUGAGUCUCCCAGGCAUUGACCCGCAGCGUGUGGCAUACGCCGAAAAUGCCCUUCUCCGCUCUAGCUCGGCACGACAGCAGCGAGCACUGAUUUUGGAACUCUUGGAAGGUCUCCGAGGCGUUAGCAUCGCGGAGCAGGGCAAAAUUCUAGACUCCAGAGUAGAACGUCGCAAGACGCGAAGUGCACUGCAGGAGAAAUACAUGAAGAAUGAGAUGGAUGGUCAGCAAACUACCAAGGUCGACAUAAAUGACGGACCUGAUUUGGGUGGUAUUGCGGAUAUGUUUGGCUGA